GUCAAGGAUGAGCCCAGCCCAGGAGAGCCCUUCCUACAGCAAGGAGCCCCUCGUCAAGUGCCUUCAGGCAAAGAAGGAUUUGGAGACGGCAAUCGCUGGCAUAGUCAAGGCAGAGCAGCAAGUUAAAGACAAUUGGAAAGAGGUCAAAGCUCAGAUUCACAACUGCAUCAGCCGCCACCUGGAGUGCCUGCGCAGCCGGGAGGUGUGGCUCCUUGAGCAGGUAGACCUCAUCCAGCAGCUGAAGGAGGAGGCCUUGCAGCAGCAGGCCCAGGAGCUCUACUGGUUGUUGGGGCAAUUCAACUGUCUCAUCCACCAGCUGGAACAGCCUCACGGCAGCAACCUUGCCAAUCAAAUUUCGGUGUGCUUGGAGAGAUUGGGUAACUUAACACUCCAACCAGAAGAAACUUCCAUCCUGAACUUUGAGGCUGACGUGUCCUUCCUUCGCCAGGCCAUCACAUCUUUCGGCUCAAUUAAAACCAUGAUUUCUGACAAAGAAGAUUAUGCCCCGUGGAUCUCUGUGCAGAACUCCCUUGGGAAUGCCAAUGUUGAUCAGCCAAAGCCGGUGUAUGAUACACUGGGGUGCCCUCUCUCUGAGUGGCUUCUUGGGAGCAAACCUGACCGUGACUGUCUUACUCCAUACAUUCCCAGCAGCAACUCUGAGGACUGGCUUUUGAAAUCAGAUGGGCCAGAGGCCAGACAGGAUUUAAAGUCUUCCAAAGCUUGUUACUUGGAGCAAGCCUGGGGAAAUCUGAAAGACUUGGAGAACUGGCUCCUGCAGAACCAGCAAAGAGGUGUUCCUGAGAGAAGAGAUUCCCGACAGCGCAACAGCUCCACCUCCACCAUCAGCUCUUCUUUUUCCAUUGAAAAGAUAGACGAACUGGAGCUUCUGGAGCAAGAAGAGAUGGAUCUUUCCGACUGGCUUCUUACACCUUCUGAAUCAGAAACUGUAAAUACCUUCUCGGAUGAGAAAUGGAAGUAUGUGUUCAAGCCUUUCAGGGAAGAAUACAAUAUCAGCGAUUGGCUCCUCGGAGCUGAUUCCUGCAAUAACUGUUGCGGCAACCAAGCCAAAGGCGUAGAGAUAGAAAAUCUAGGGAAUCUUAAGUGCCUCAGCGACCAUCUGGAGGUGAAGAAGCCGUCCCCCAACGACGCCUGGCUCCUACAGCCUUCUUUCAGGGUGCAAGAGGUAUGCAAAGCCAAUGAGCCAUGCUCUAGCUUUUCAGAGUGUGUGUGUGACGAAAGCUGUGAGAAAGAAGCUCUGUGCAAAUGGCUUCUUAGGAAAGAAGGCAAGGAUAAAAACGGCAUGCCGGUGGUAGGGCGGAGCUCCAGCCCAGCCGCCGAGUCUGAAAAAAACAAAACCGCUGUCAACAUCUGGCUCCAUCCUUCUCGACAACCGACGGAAGAAGAGCUAGCUGCUCCCGCGAUGAAACAAGACAACUCUGAGAAGAUUGUAGAGCCGCUGAAAGAACUGCUCGAAACACCCUUGUCCACUUGGCUGCUCAAACCAGAGGUCAAAACGUGGAGCACGGAGGAGAAGGCCAGCCGGGAGAAAGCAGAAGUGAGCGGAAAGAAUUCGUUGCUGGAGCUUCUGGCCCCUUUCCGCCUCCCGCUGAAUGUCAACAGUUGGGUGUUGUCUGCACGGAGCACAGAAGUCACCAGCCAGCCUCCAGCGGAAGAUAAAUGGCUGCUGCGGAAGAAGGCACACGACUACGGCCUUCCUACAGUUUGUGAUCUGUUUGCCUGCAUGAAGCUGAAUGGAGAUAGAGAGAAAUGGCUGUAUCCGACUCCUUUACAGAUGUGAAAAGCCGGAAGCGUUCCAAACUAGC